CUCUCGCAAAGAUGGCCAUCAAGCUCGCUGCCCGCUCCAUCCUCCAACAGGUGCCCAAGCGCGCCUUCUCGACCACCAAGGCCGCCAAGGACCUCAGCCUGUACGACAAGUCGAUCCCGAACCUGCGUCUCCGCCCCGACUCGACCGUCAUCUGCCAGGGCUUCACCGGCAAGACUGCCACCUUCCACUGCAAGGAGGCGCUCGCGUUCGGCACCAAGCUCGUCGGCGGCGUCUCGCCCAAGAAGGCCGGCACCGAGCACCUCGGCCUUCCCGUCUUUGGCUCGGUCCGCGAGGCCAACGACAAGGUCAAGCCCGAAGCGACCGUCAUCUACGUCCCUCCCCCUUUCGCUGCCGACGCCAUCAUCGAGGCCAUCGAGGCCGAGAUUCCCCUCAUCGUCUGCAUCACCGAGGGCAUCCCGCAGCAGGACGAGGUUCGCGUCGCGCAAGCGCUCCGCAGGCAGACCAAGUCGCGCCUCGUGGGCCCCAACUGCCCGGGCAUCAUCGCCCCGGCUCCUGGCGGCGGCGGCUGCAAGAUCGGCAUCAUGCCCGGCAACAUCUUCACGCCCGGCUCGGUCGGUGUCGUCUCGCGCUCGGGCACGCUCACGUACGAGGCUGUCGACGCGACGACCAAGAUCGGUCUCGGCCAGUCGCUCUGCGUCGGCAUCGGUGGCGACCCGUUCCCGGGCUCGCAGCACAUCGACGUCCUCAAGGUGUUCAUGGAGGACGAGGCGACCAAGGGUAUCGUGCUCAUCGGCGAGAUUGGCGGCUCGAUGGAGGAGGAGGCGGCCGAGUACCUCGAGAAGUACAACGUCCAGAACAAGCCCGUCGUCGGCUUCAUCGCUGGUCGCACCGCUCCCCCAGGCCGUCGCAUGGGUCACGCCGGUGCCGUCAUCUCGGGCGGCAAGGGCAAGGCCGAGGACAAGGUUGCCGCGCUCGAGAAGGCCGGCGUCAUCAUGGUGCCCUCGCCCGCUCAGCUCGGUACCGCCCUGCACAAGGCGAUGAAGGCGGCUGGCCUCGUCUAAACGUGCCUCGAGGUCUCGGCGUUUCUGUUCCUCCUCCUCCGUCCUCUCCACAAUAUCCUCAUCUCAUUCUCUCUCGUCUCUCUGUGUGCAACUCGAACGGCAUAGAUCU